AGGUCGACUGUAAAGAAAACAAGUUGAAUCACGUAUAUAUACAGUGCAUGAAGAUCAUUUGGGAAAGUGACGACUGGCCUGGUUGUAUUGUUGAUUCGAGUAUUACUUGCUUGAACUGGAUACCUAAUGGCAACAGUGCCGAUACUGGCCUCUUAGCUACCGGAUCAGAGUCAGGAGCAGUGGGAGUAACAGCGACACAAACUUGUCCAUUACGAGACGACAACAAGAGAGUUAAUUUUAAUCUUCGUGGUCACCAUGCUACGGUGAAUAUAGUAGCAUGGAACAAGGAGCAGAUGAAAUUGGCGAGCUGCGAUAGUUCAGGAAUAAUCUAUGUUUGGGUACCGAACGAAGAGAGAUGGAGUGUAGAGCUGGUGAAUGAUCGUGGUAUUAAGGUUCGCGGUGUAAGCUGGAGCCCAAAUGGUUUAUCGGCGCUUAUUUGUUAUGAAGACAACUUUGUUUUAAUUGGUUCUGCCACGGGUCAGAGGAUAUGGUCUAGUUCAUUUCCGGUUACUGUCAGUUGCGGUGUUUGGGCUCCCGAUUCGCGUGAAAUUAUUCUGGGGUUCAUUAAUGGUACAAUUCAGGUGUUAAAUGAGCAAGGUACGACAGUUACAGAAAGAAAGGUGUAUGUGAACGGUAGUGUUCGAUUUUUAGCAGCAUCUUCACGACGUAGGAAUGAUAGAUGGACGUUAGCUGUCUGUUCUGCAAUCGGUCUUCUUAAUUUCUUAAAUUCAUAUGAUGAGAUUGAUAAUGCAAAAUGGCAGUGUAAUGAGACCCUCUUAAGCAUUCAGUGGAAUGCAAAUGGUACACUGUUAGCUGCUGUUUGUAAAGAAAACCAUUUCUUUAUUAUGACAUAUCAAGGAAACGUUGUCUGUGAUAGCCAAGUUUCGCAACCUUCGGCUACUACUCUCAAUGCAUUUACGUGGGUUCAUGAUGAUCGCUUCAUUAUUGCAACAUCAGGUAAUCAUUUGGCUGUUGGACGGGCUCUACAUGAUGUGCCGUCGUUAUUCAGUUUGGUUACUUACAACUUAUGGCAAUUAUUGGGCGCAUCCGCACGACAUGUUGAUAUACUCCCAUUACCUCCACGUGAGCGGGAUGCUAUUCGUGCGCUGGAUCAUCACAUAAUAAGAUGUCGUGUUCCAUCACAAAAUGACAUGCUGAUGAAGGUUUGUGAGCCCUCCGAUUGGCGGUGGUAUUGUACAAUACGACCUGUGCCAAGUAAAGUUCAUACAUAUGUAUUGUGUAUGGAGCACAUGGCCGGCCUCAUUCCUGUUCUACUCGGCAAGCAAACGAAUAGAAUCAUUCCUCAGUUCCAGAUUUCUCUCUACAAUCCGAAACUGACAUUGGUAAAAUCGGAUAGUGGGAGCUGUGCACAAGUUGAAGACAUAGGCACAUUUGCUCGGCCAUCUACACAACGGAAUUCUGUUUGGCGGAAAAGUAAACGUCAGUUAAGAGCUCUUAUGAAUCGCUAUGUUAGCUGCCCUGUCAACAAAAAUAACGGUAAACUAGUCCAGAUUACUUCCAAUGUAUGGUGCACUCGUUUCAAGAUGUUGUCCGUCGCAACCAAUAUUCUUCCAACUUUCCUCGCUCAGGUUGUUUACAAAACAUCAGUUCUUCAUUUGCAACCUCGUCAGAUGACAGUACAAUUGGCUGAUUUAACCAAAAGGACUGGUAGUCCUCCGAUAAGUUCUCAUUGUGUAACAUAUCGUAAUCCAAUAAGUGGUACACAGCCAAGUAAUGACAGUAGUUUUUCAAAUGAAAGUACUGUUCGCAGUGUGGCCAUCGCUCCAAAUGAUCGAACGCGUGGUAUUGCAAUUGACAUAGAACCACUGCUUGAUGAGACAGUUGAGGAACCUUUAUCGACUGAAGAAAAACUUCUUUUUCAGAGUAUCUUAUCAGAAUUCAAUGAUUUGAGAGCGGCAGUAGAAAGGCAUAUUGCAAAGAUGAAGUGUUUUGCUAGUGAUCUUGAAAGGUCAUCACAGAAGUUAGACUCUUUCGGUGGAACCACCAGCGUGAUAAGAUAUGUCUCUAAAGUAUCAACAAGGGCAACAGCUCUUCCCAAGGAAAUUUGCAUAGUUGGUCCAGGUACGAAAACGCAGUGCAGUGAACUCACCAACAUUGGACCUUCAACGUCUACUAGUCGAUGGUCGCAGCAGUUCGAUGAUAUUGAGUAUAUUGAUGAGGAUGAUGAUGCUGUAAUACAUGAUGCAUAUACUACUGAACGUACUUCACUUAUCGAUCGUUUCAGAGCUACUGAAACUUCUCGCAAAGGGAUGAGACAGUUAAGUGAUAUUACAUCAGUAUUAGAUAAGCUGACAAAGUUAGCGAAUGAUCUAACUACACGCUGUGCGGUGGGGCAGUUAAAUAAUGACGAAAGCUCAAAUCUGGUGAAUCUACAGUCUUUAUCAUAUCGCUGUAUGAGUGAUUCAGUAAAGGAAAGCCAUGCAACGGUAUCCUCUUUAAGGACGCAGCUGAAGGAUAUUUCGAAGAAAGUUUCACAAAUCGAAAAGAAAAUCAGUUACGGAGAUGAACUACUCGAUGAAGUUUGCGGUGAUUUGCAAGAAAGAAUUCAACAUAUCAAAGCAGUGCUUGGUGAUCAGCCUGCAUUAAGUGAUGGAAGUGUUUCUUUCCUUACUAUGAAUAAUAAAGCACCUUUUUGGAAUGAAGCUAGUCAAGUGUAUCAGCUGGAUUUUGGUGGUCGUGUAACUCAAGAAUCAGCGAAGAAUUUCCAAAUCGAAUAUGAUGAUCAGCAAGUGAUGCAAUUUGGACGUAUAGAAAAUGGCGCCUAUACGCUUGAUUUCCGUUCACCAUUCAGUGCUGUACAAGCAUUUGCUGUUGCGCUUGCAUCCAUUACCCAACGCUUGAAAUAA